AUGGCGUGCCGCGUGAUCACCGCUGUGAUUCUACUUGUGAGCCUGUGCUUCGGCGUCAACGCCUAUCCAACUCUCUGGCGCGACAAGCAAGGCAGCUGCAGUGCUCACCCCACCUCAAAGCAGCACCUCCACGGGGCGCCCGUCGAGGAUACGGCCACUACCUUUGUGGUGCGGGACGGUAAAGGUAGCGCCGUGAGGUCCCUGUGCCCCGGGCAGACUUACACCGUCUCGGUCGCGUUCCCCGAGGCCCGCCUGUCCCUGACGACCGCCAACGUGGGCACCCUCGUGGCUGCCACUGGCGCUGAUGUCGACAACGCCUGCCCGAACCGCGUGGUGGCACAGCAGACCUCCAUUGCGGCUGUCAACACACUGACGUGGGACGUGCCCUGCUUCCCCUCUAGCACCAGCGGGAUCCUGAAGGUCACCAGUGCUGCGGGCGAGCGCUACCCCUUCCAGUCCUCUGGCCUCACCAUCCCUAUCGACAGCAACUGCGCCGCCGCCGCCUGCAGCAAGGCCGCGUCCACCACCACAGUGGCCAAGGCGGCCGACGCCAAUGUCAACGGCGCGGGUGGCACCGCAGCGGGCGCCGCGGCGCUGGCUCUCGCCGGCCUGGCGGCGAUGGUGCUGUGA